CUUGAAUUAAUGUCCAGUGAUUUUGUUAUUUAUAUGAAUGAGACUAUGACCUAUUGCAAUAUGUGAAUUAUUUUGGUGUCAAAAUAGCAUUGGCAGCUCCAUAGUUGUAGAGGAAAUGGGAGACGAGAUAAAGGAGAAGCUUUUACAUAAGCAAAACAAUUCUUUAGAGGGUGUUGAAGAGGAAGAGUCUUUGAGGAAAAGGGUAUGGGAAGAAAGCAAGAAGAUGUGGGCGGUGGCAGGCUCUGCCAUAUUCACAAGGUUUUCAACUUUUGGAAUCACUGUAGUUAGCCAAUCCUUCAUUGGCCAUAUUGGCUCCACUGAACUAGCAGCCUAUGCACUUGUUAUGACUGUCCUUGUCAGGUUUGCAAAUGGUGUAUUGAUUGGAAUGGCAAGUGCACUGGAAACUCUUUGUGGGCAAGCAUAUGGGGCAAAAAAGUAUGAAAUGCUUGGAGUGUAUCUUCAAAGAUCCUGGAUAGUCUUGUUCUUGACCUCUAUGUUUCUUCUUCCUAUUUACAUUUUUACAACUCCAUUGUUAGAGGCUCUAGGCCAAGAAAAAAGAAUUGCUCAAGUUGCUGGAAGCAUUUCUCUUUGGUCAAUAGGUGUGGUAUUUGCUUUCUCUGUGUCAUUCACUUGCCAAAUGUUCCUACAAGCACAAAGCAAGAACAAGAUUAUUGCCUACCUAGCAGGAGUUUCAAUUUCAUCUCAUAUUUUUAUGUCGUGGCUUCUAACUGUUAAGUAUGAGUUUGGGCUCAAUGGUGCUAUGACCUCAACACUUAUGGCACAUUGGAUUCCAAACUUGGGCCAACUUGUGUAUAUCAUGAAUAAGUGCCCUGACACAUGGAAGGGCUUCUCAUAUUUGGCCUUCAAAGAUCUCUGGCCUGUUGUCAAGCUUUCGGUGUCUUCUGGAGUUAUGUUAUGUCUUGAGAUCUGGUACAACACAGUUUUGAUUCUCCUAACAGGAAACAUGAAAAACGCGGAGGUUUCUAUUGAUGCUCUUGCCAUAUGCCUUAACAUUAGUGGGUGGGAAAUGAUGAUAGCCCUAGGCUUCUUUGCUGCAGCAAGUGUCCGGGUUGCAAAUGAGCUUGGAAGAGGGAGCGCAAAGGGUGCAAAAUUUUCAAUUGUAAUAACAGUUCUGACAUCAUUGAGCAUUGGGUUGGUGCUGUUCUUGGUGUUCUUGUUGCUGAGGGAAAAACUUGCUUACAUUUUCACUCCACACCCUCUGGUGGCUCAAGCAGUUGCUGAUUUAUCACCUUUGCUCUCAUUUUCCAUCUUGUUGAACAGUGUCCAACCUGUCCUCUCCGGAGUCUCUGUUGGAGCUGGGUGGCAAAGCGUUGUAGCAUAUGUUAACAUAGGCUGUUAUUACCUGAUUGGUAUCCCUGUAGGAGUGGUGCUUGAUAACCUUCUCCAUUUGCAAGUGAAGGGUGUUUGGAUUGGAAUGUUGUUUGGAACAUUUGUUCAAACUGUGAUGCUUAUUACAAUCACUUUUAAAACUGAUUGGGACAAGCAGGUAGAGAUAGCUCGAAAUCGUGUUAACAAAUGGGCUGUGGUUGAAAACGAAGAAUCAAACCACAGAUCAAGCUAAACAGUAUCUACCAUUUUAUAUUUUUGUUCU